AUGGAGCAGCAGCAUCUGAUCUCGAAGGAGGACUCCCCCAGGCGCGUCCGAAUGGAAAGCUCGCCCACCACGUCGGCCGUCGGCUUCCACCUGAUAAACAAGAAGGUUAUCAUCUUCUUGGUCUCUGCCGUGGCUGUGCUGGUAUGCGCGUUGGCGCUGAACCUGGUCCACAUUUACGGGGCGCCGGCGUUCACGGCCGAGACGGCAAGUACAGGGUCGCAGGAGGAGGAUUACCUGUCGAUGCCGGCGUCCGUCGCCGCCGCGCCGGCACAUGCGGAUCCGGCAAUAGAGCGGGCACCACCUGUCGAGUCGGCGCCGCCUUUGCCGCGCCGUGCAGCCGUGCUGCCAGCCGCUGUCGCGGAGAGUGGCGAGCCCGUAGACAUCGCCGCCUUCACGCAGUAUGCGGCCGGCGAGGACGACAGCAGCCUCGGCGGCAACGACACGCGGCAAAUGGAGCCCCGGUGCCUGGAGCCCGUCCAGAUGACGCUGUGCCCCGCGAACGCGAGUCGGUGGCCGGCCUUCUUCUUCGACGGCCGGCACUGCUUGACGCCGGUUAGUGUGCCGCCGCCUGGGUGCCUGGAAGGCACCAACCGCUUCCGCUCUCUGGGCCACUGCCGCGCCGCCUGCCAGGGCCAAGGCGCGCGUGCCGAGUGCCGGGAGCCGGUGCGCCUGGUGCCGUGCCGGCGGGAGCACGUGAAGCGGAGCUGGUUCUAUCCGGCCAACGGCAGCUGCGUCGAGUGGGGCUUCCCGGAGGGCAGCUGCGUCAACGUGCGGCUGCGCCUUUUCCAGAGCAUGCAGCAGUGCCUGCUCGACUGCGUGCAGCACGACGCGCCCGCCUGCCGGGAGUACCCCGUCGGCCAGCGAUGCGGAGAGUACCAGGUGAACUACCCGGUGUACUCUGCCGCGAACAAGAAUGGACGUUUCGAGUGCCUGAUGGUGGACCCGGCAGACAAGCUCUGCCUGCUGGGUCCCAACAUGUUCCCCAGCUACCGAGCAUGCGCCCGCGCUUGUCUCGUUUCGUGAUAAAGCUUGUUCUUUUUGUUUCG